AUGGUGGCCAUCAAGUUUUAUCAAAUUGGCAUCCUUACUAUUGUUUUUUUGAUAUGUGUUACUGCUGUUCCUAUCCAAGGGGCAGAUCUGUCGCCUAUUCACGAUCUGCACAUUCGCGAUGGAUCCGCAGAUCAGGUUCUUGACGAGGCCGUUAUCCUGCGCGGUAGUGGCGGUGGUCGCGGCGGUGGCAGUAUCGGCAGCAGCAGUGGCGGCAAAUCUGGAACCAGUGCAAACAAAGCGCCACCCCCUGCUUCUCCGCCUAAAAAUGAAGGGAACAGUGCGCCCAAGAAGGAGGAUCCACCGCCGCCCUACCAAAGCGCGGCUGCUCCCCCUCCACCGUACCAGAACGGCGGUGGUGCACCACCGCCCUACCAAGGCCCUCCAAACCAGAAUGGCGGCGCACCACCACCACCGCCGCCGCCACCCUCGCGCAAUGGACAGAGCAACAAUGGUGGUGCAGCGCUUGGUGGUGCAGCCCUCGGCGGGGUCGCUGGCGCUGGGAUGCAUCGUGGCGCAACAGACACGGUUACCUCUACCGCUCAACCCAGCAAUGCCACUAGUACUACGUCCAUGUCCAGCACGGCGAUGUCUCAGCCAGUGAGGGCUGCUCCCAAUGGAGCGUUGUCAGAACGCAUUAUGUUUGUGGCUCCGGUGGGUGCGACAGUGUUGGCCACUUUGGUUUUGUUAAUGCAUUGGUAA